GAUAGUGGAACAGUUAAGUGAUAUUAUUACUAUUAUUGAUUGCGUCGAAAAAAAUAGUGCCUCAAGUGCAGGAUAGUAGUUUAAGUGAAUUCGUUCGAAAAGAAAAAAAAAACACCGAGUGAAAAGACGUUGUUACACUGUCAGUAUGAAAGAAGCAAUGUGACAACGAUUAUCAGCAUCAUUAUCGUAAUCAUGAUCCGAGCGAUCCGCGGAACCAGUUUACCAACGAUUUUACAGUGGACGGUGGUCGGCCUAAUUGUUCAGUUUGCAAAAGGAUAUUAUGCAAGUGACGAUCACGUUUGUAUACGUUAUGAAAGCUACACCGAACUCGAGACGGUUCCCCGCAACCAAACCGUGCAGGUACUCACCAGGGAAUGGUGCCUGGAGAUACCACCCCGCUGCACGUCCUACCGGCCCGAGAUCAAGGAAGUCUACGUGAAACAGAAUGCCACCAAAACACGUAAAAUAGAAUACUGCUGUGAAGGAUAUGAGGAGACCAUCACUAACAACAGUACCGUUGUCGAUCGAAUCUGUCGGCCGAUUUGCCGCGGUGGCUGUGGGCGAGGAACCUGCCAGGCACCCAACAUUUGCACCUGCGAGCAUGGUUUCACCGGGAAACACUGUACACAGCGUUGCCGAAACGGGACUUGGGGUGAUAGCUGUAAAAGUCGGUGCCAUUGCCAGAACCAUUCGGUUUGCGAUGUAAAAACGGGUCACUGCCGCUGUUCGGACGGUUGGAUUGGGCAUCAUUGUGAAUCUCCCUGUCCAGCUGGACACUACGGAACUCUUUGCAAGAACCGUUGCAACUGUAGCACAUCCAGAUGUGACCACAUAUCCGGUGCGUGUCUGAUUGACGACGGCCACGUGAUGUUCGAGAACAUCACACGGGUAGUGGAAAGUAACUGGUCCGCCGAAAGUACCGAGCGGAUAUUCGUAGAACAAUGGGUUAAAGUGAACACAACCGCUAGUCCCAGCACAGAACCAGCAAUCGUCACGACGGAGCUCAAUGAGCCGUUUCCGAGCAACGCUACUUACGCUCAAUCAUAUCAGGAAUAUUUGCCAGCAAAUACCAGUGUUAGCUAUGUACCCAUUGAGGACUUAACGUCUACGACUGAAGCGGCCAGAAACGAUACCGUUUACGAAAUUGUAGCCUCGACGACCAAAGUAGAAAUUACGUUUAUUGAUACCUCCCUUAACCGGGUUGAUUCUCCGGCCAAAGGGGGAAAGGGAAAUGAUGCAAAUAGUACCGAGAUUGUCUAUGUAGAAUCGGAUAAUCGAUCUGAUUUAGUAGAGAUUAUUAACGGAAAAGAAUCCACAGGCGAAGAAGUAGAACAGGAAGAAGUUAAUAACAAACAGGCGAUUGCUACCAUAUCAUGUCUGCUGCUGACAUUAGCUUUGCUUCUUUCCGUUGUGGCUUACAUGAAAAACAUUAAUCGAAAGACUAUGAAGAAACAACAGCAGCAGCAAAAGCAAGCUGCGAUAUGCACGGAUGACGAGAAAGGACCUGAUAGUCCUAGGAUACUGGAACCACUUCCAGAUCUACCACGGGUAAUAUACACAAAAGUGAAAUCAAAAAGUCAGCGUAUUGGAAAUACUCAGCUUGAACACUACGAUGUUCCAGCCAACAACUCAUCGGUGAAUAAAUCUUCUCCGUACAAUUACAACUUUACCCUUACUAGCAGCAAGCUGCCACAGGUGAUCCCACCACGAAAGUACAGCCUGGAGCAUAUUUACGAUGAGAUUCAAUAUCCACCCUUUGAGGAGAUGAACGCUUCCGCGGAAAAUGACGGCGAUCACUUUUCGAAGUCGAUUCUCACCGACUCCAAAAUGACACCGGUGAAAGUGAUUGAUGAGAUUAAAGGAAAAUAAUAAAUAAUGUUGUAUAUGUUAUUGUCGUAAGGUUUACUGAUGCUUCGGAUUGAACAAUUCAAAGCACAAGAGAAUUCCUUGAUCCUUUAGGUUACGGGCACAGAGCGGGACGAAAUUAAACAAACAUGUACACUAACUACCUGACAAA